AUGCCUCGCGCAAAGAUCGAUUUGAAUCCGUACAAGGAUGAGAUUCUAGCAUUAAUAGCUCUCAAAAAGACGAACGCAGAGAUUAUUCGAUAUCUACACGAUACGUACCAGACUCAGCUGGCUGAUCAUACCCUCCGAAGACGUCUAAAAGAGUGGAAUAUCUCUAUAAGAACGUGGACUCAAGAUACGCCAGCACUACGAGAUCGAAUUACUAGUCUCUUCUUCAACGGCCUCAAUGACGACCAACUCUAUCGCGCUCUUCGAACGGAGGGAUAUCAGCUUGGAGCCCGAGCUCUUCCACGGCUUCGUUAUGAGCUGGGCUUGAAGCACAGUCUUCGUACAGCAGAGGGUCAACAAGAGGCAGAAGAAACUGCAGCUGGGGUAAUAACAGAAGAGCUACAAAAAGGCGUUAUUGAGGGCUACGGGCGUGGAUUGUUAUAUGCUCAUUUUCAACAGCUUGGAGUCAAUAUUGCUCGUGACCGCAUCUACUCUAUCUACCGUACGCUUGCUCCUGACGCUAUUGAGCGCCGUGUACGAAAUAUGCAACGCCAUCGCGGCGAAUAUAUCGUACCCGGUCCUAACUUCUUAUGGUCUGUGGAUGGAUAUCUCAAGCUUGCUCCUUAUGGUAUUGAGAUAUACGGAGCUAUCGAUGCUUAUUCUCGCUAUAUUAUCUGGAUCUACGUUGGUAUCUCAGGGCGUACAGCUAUCAGCGUUCUUCGUCAGUAUCUUGAUACAAUUGAAAUGCUAAAUCAGUAUCCUCGAUUUAUACGAUCUGACCAUGGCGGUGAGACGGUUAUCCUAGCUCAAGCCCAUCAUCUAUUACAACAAGCAGCAGACCCUACUACGCCGUUAAAAGAUUGCUAUAUGUACGGAGCUAGUACAACAAACCAGCGAAUUGAGGCUUGGUGGAACCAGCUCACAAAGGGAUUGCUAUUCCGAUGGAGGAACUACUUUGGAGCCCUAUUGCAAGAAGUUCUUCGUGCAGAGAUACAGGGUUUCGUACGGGUUUGGAAUAUUCAUUCCAUUCGCAAGCAACGUAAUCGUCCGAACGUUACGCCAGGCAAGCCCUAUAUUCUAUAUCAUCAUCCUCCGCCUCAUAUCGAGAAUCAGGGCCUCUUAAUUGACUCCGAGACCUUAACGGAGUUACAAAAUGACGUACAAGAAUGGGAUAUAGAUGAAUUUCUGCCUCCGGAAACGUAUCAAUGGUGUCAAAAUCAACUACAACAUCUUGAAUUCAACGCUGCUCAGCAAGCUCCUGAGGAUGACAAUUCAACCCCUUAUCGCGCAUACUAUCUCCAACUUCGUGCAAGAGUUGAUGAGCAUUUGAGAAGCGAGAGAGAGCCUCAAUUGCUUUAUCAGAGAAGCCAACUGGAGCAUUUGAUUGGCGUCCUCAACAACCUACGAUGGAGGAGAUUGAGGAGGUUGAAUUGA